GGCGCACGAAAAUAAGCGGGACGGUGAACAAUUACGACAGCGACGAUCGUCGGUUGCCACCGGAUCCCGCGUCAGACGCAUCAUGCCCCCUGGCGGCCGCAACACGCUGCGAAAAGACGAUGGUGUUGUUUAUCUCAGACGAGAACUUCAACCAGGACAAGUUUGACCACAAACACGGGACCUGGUUAAGGAACCUCCUCGAGGCCACGGAGAAACUCGAAGCAGAUGAGGCUCCUCUUGAGAACGACAUCGACCCUGCUGUUUACCUUAACGUAUACCGGCUCGAUUCGAGUCAUGAUAAGGAGGCGCCGCCGCCGACCGUGGACGGUCCCUACAAGACCAUCGCCGGCCAGUUCGAUGGUGAGGCGGAGGUCACUCGCUGGCAGGAGGGGGCGCUUGCGGAUCGAGUGAUCCGUUACUGGCAGAAACUUGUCAACAGCAACGACGGCGAUGACGUAACGUGGAGCGCACAUGAAGACGAGGAGGGCUACCACCUCACGGCCUGCCUACCGCUUGCACUAGAUUACUAUGUUGCGGCAGCAGGUGGAGCCGCAGCUGACACAGUCCCCCCCGGCCUCGUUUGCCUCGACCCUCGAGCGGCACUUCCUAUCAGCCUGGCGCAGCUGGAGUGCCACACAGAUGGCUUUCAUGAGGAGCUUGCGAACCGGCUGAACGCCCGGGGCUGCACUGCGGAAGCCUUGAGGCAGCAAAGGGCCCGACGGGGAGCGUACUGUAACACAUUGAUAACGGCCCUGCAAAAAGACCAGGAGCUCGAGACGGAGGUGUUCGACUUUCUCGAAACUCUGCACGACGUAAAUUUCACAAGCUCCACGCUCUCCGGGGCGAUGGAGAAGGCGCUGACCUUGGUGCCCUGUAUAGGUUGUGACCUCGGUAAACCCAUUUCCCGAGAGGACAAGACCGAUCCCAGCGUGAGAUAUUUUGCACACACUUAUCCCAAUGGUACAGAGGUGGACUAUCUUCCCUCUUGCCCAUCAAAACAAGAUCAAGCGGCCGCGGGGGAUUGCUCAGACUACGAGAAGCAGUGGCGACAAACGUAUCCCCAUCACGCCCUGUAUCAUUCCGAGGACGAUGACGGGAACGGGGGUGCUCUUCCUACUGUGCAAGAACGGGCCAACAUCUGCAACUCCACGAUCAUACCACCUGCAGUCCUGUUGACGCAAUUGGGCGGGGGAGGUGUGGCGGACGAGGAAGUGCAAGCACUUGCCAAGAAGAUGGACGUCCUCGGCUGGGUUUCCGGCGAAACGAGUGAAGAGCAGGAGACGACCUCUGAGGCUGACGAGGCUAGCGAUGCCUGCCGUGUGUGUCUUCUGUUCGUCGUGAUUUUUGCGCUGCUCAUCAUUGUUGUGCUACUGUUGUUCUGCUGUUACAGAACAGCAGGAGCACCACAGCGGGGAGGUGGCGCGCUUGUAGUGGAUGAGAACAUCUUUGCGUACACCCCCGCAAUUGCGGCAGAGCGGCUCGACCCAGGCCGCGUGCAGCGUGCCCUGGUGGCCGCCGGGUUUAGUGCUGCCUUCGCGGCAACACUGGCCAAACAGGUGGCUAGCCCCGCGGCGGAUCGCGCAAGCCUCAAGUGGCCCUUGCCGGGUUCUCCGGACUUUCGGGCACUGGAACGUCUCGGCCUCGACUUCAGCGCCCCGGAAACGCACGCACUCGGUGUUAUUCGCGGCAUCCUGCGAAAAGGCCUGGCUGUAAUAAAGCGCAGGGAAGGUGGCGGGCGGAAUCUGCGGGGGGAACCGGUGCUGGGGACGAAGGAACUGUCCCUCUAUAACGCAGAGUUCCAAGCAGCGGAAAGCGCAUUCCUGGACCUCGGCCUGUCUCCCGUGGGGGCUCGAAAAGCUGCAAGGCAGGUCGCUGGACCUGUACUGGACGCGGAGGCGCUGAAUCUGACGGGCCUGAACGAGCUCGACGUGCAACGCUUGGAGGGGGAGCUUGGUUUGGAGACAGGCACCGACCGGGCCCGUACGGAUGUCCCGAUCGAGGUCGGCCGGGUGCGAAAAGCCUUGCGCCGUCUGUUCGGCGUGGAUCGCGGGGACCCGAGCAGGGCGACUGAUUCCGACCUGCGGGCCUCCCCGCUGUUGUUUGCGACGGCCGACGAAGACUUUGAACUAGCGGAAAGCUUGCUCCGGACCGCGGGCGCGAGCGCUGCGUGCGCGAGGAAGCUCGCGGGAGACGCCGCAGGACCGGAUCUGGACGCGACACCCCUGGAAACACAAACGCUGCGGGCGCUGGACAUCGCGGUGCUUCGGCGUGAGCUCGGUCUUCAUGCCACGGUCGAUCGGGCGCCGGAGGCGAUGAAGCUCGGGCUUGACGCCACGGUCGAUCGGGCGGAGCUUGACCUCGGCGCGCUCCGGGAGGCCCUCCGGACGAGGGCGGUGCUCGCAAAGCGCAAGGGCGGCAAGCGCAAGCUGAAAGAAGAGCUGCUGUUCACGACUUCUCAGCAAGAUUGUCGGCUCGCUGAAGCAGCGCUCGUUGCCGCCGGUAUGACCAGUAGCGGGGCGAGGAAGAUUGCGCAGGACGCCGCCGCGCCCGACCUUGCGACGGAACGGCAUCUCAGUGCCAUCCUCAGUGACGACGAUAUGCGAAUUCUGUUGCAGUUUUUGGAGUUGGAUGAGGUUGCAGAAGCCGGCGGCGUGCUGACCGCGAGCGUUCUCCGCGGGGCCGUUCGAAAAGCAGUGGGCAGACAUCGUGGGUCGGGCGGGGCAGCAGGUUCGCCCCCGCUGCUAACCACGUUCAAUCUGAGCUACCAGACCAUUGAAAACGCGUUUCUGAGCGCCGGUUUGACCCCGGGGUUCGCGCGGCGCUUGGCACAGCAGACGGCGGCGGCAUCAGUCGGGGGUAACGAGGCGCUGGUUACCCCCAAGACUGAAGCGGACUGGCGAACGCUGGCGCUUUUGGGAUUGGAUUUUUCGCAGCCCGAGUGCGUCGGCCGGGUGCGCGAGUUCCUGCAAGUCAUGGCGGCUGCCACGAUCUCGGCUCGGUGCAAGGACGUCGUCGAGAUGAGGGUCCUUUCUCUCGACGAAUCCCAGCAUCGGCUGCAGGCAGCAGGCUUUUCCGAAAAGAUGGCCGGCUACGUUGCUGCCGUCAUUGUCCGCAAGGCGCAGCAGCAGGGGGGCGCGCGUCCAGGGGGCGCAGUAGAGUUCUUGUCAGGCGCGGAACGACGGGAGUUGGAGCUCUGCGCAGAGUCCGUUGAAGACCGCGAACUCUUUGGCAUCGUGGGUCGAGCCGGUCUCCUGCCUGGCUUCGUUUACGCGGGUUCCCGAUUCCCACCGCAACCGGACGGAAAAACCGACGAGUGGUUCGCUGCGGACGACGAGAUUGUGAUUGAUCUUCAGGCGUUUGCUCUUGGCGCGGAGCUAGGCGGAGCGGAAGUCGCGCAUUCGGUGCAAGGCUUUGAAGCACGCAGAGUGGGGGCGGAACGCUCUCCUGGAAACCAAGCGAUUGCGUUGAUGCCGCCCCGAAAAGACGCGUACCCGGAUCUGCGGCUGGGGACGCUGUCCUCGCAGCGGAUGAGGAGCGGGGCGCCCCCAUCGGCGGUGUCCGAUAUGAUGCAUCUUGAUGACGAGCAGCAGACACCGACCGGCACCUGCGGUGCCUGUGUAUCGUGGUGGCAAGCUCUUGUGGCAUCGUGUUGCGGUAGAAGCGGCCGGAUAUUGCAAAAAGGACAGUGGCCACCUCCGGAGGCGAAUUUCGAGGAAGGCGAUGAUCGUGAGGACGCCGGAAAGACUCCCGAUGGGGCCAUCUCGGAGGACACUCAGGGAGAACCAGGCGGCGCUGCAAGCGGAACAGAUGCAGUGGCAGAAAGCGCCAAAAAAGGAAGCAAGAAAUCUUUGGGUGCCGCGAAAAAGGGAACAAAGAAAAAGUCGAAGGCCAAGAUAAAGUCGCAAACCGCAAAUGAAAUAAAUGUUGCGUUUUCAUCGUCGGUGGUGGUGCCGGCGCAAAUUCCUCAGAUCUCCUCUGGAAUGUUUCCGGCGUCAGAGCGUCCUCCAGGAGAGGGCCUACUAAACGGUGAUGAAAGGGCUACGCCAGCAGACGUCGAUGGUGCGGUCUUGUCCUCGGCGCCCGGCAGUGUGUCCUCGGCGCCCGGCAGUGGGUCCUCAGGUUCCAGCCGAGCUUCGGGAAGAACAGGCGGGAAAAAAGUCGGGAAGACUUCGAAGUACCGGCUCGGGAAUAAGGGAACCAAGAAUAAGUUGAAGGCGGUCGGCGCGCUCAGCCGUGGGAGAUCGCCGCCGGCGGAGCCAGUGGACCCUACUAGCAGUGCACCUGCUUCAUCCACAAUCACCAGCACCGCCCACGCGCCGGCCCCGCCGCUACCGCCCGGGCUGAUAGGCCAGGCGAUUGCGGCGCUACAGGACGUCGGGUUCGACCCCCAGCAAGCCGUGCUCCUGUCGCGAAAGAUCGCGGCGGUCGAUGCCGCAGAGCUGAACGAGAGGGCGCUGACCGACGGCGAGCGGGCGGUCGCGCAAAAGGGCCUUGGAGGCGUGAACAUACCUGAUCUGGACGAGCUCGUGGAGCAGCUGGUCGCGCAAAAGGCAGUCUUCUUCGCGGAGGCCCUGUCUCCGGAGUCGCAGGCGGAGGCCGGGGCCGCGCGGGACCGCGGGGAGCCUAUGUCCCUUCUCGCGGACCGGUGCGCGGACCCCGUCCGGGGAGCGGCGAAAAGAAAGUGGAAGCUUCUGGCAAACGCAAAUAAACCCAAACCCAAGAAGAACGCGGCUGCUGGAUGACUGCGAGAGUUGUUUUUUAUUUUUUUUCGCACCACUUAGUCUUAGAUACACAUAAGCACAUUAGUGUUUUUCUCUGCCACCUUGACCUUCAAUCACCACGACAAGGUAGAUUCAGCUGGGUCGCUCGUAAAUCCUUACUUUUUGGCAAUAGGGUGAGGAGAGAGCUGGUGCAAGAUAUCGCUUUCCAGAUGGCAAACAAGUUUCUGCACCCACAGCAUUCGUUUUAAAGGCGAAGGUUUUGCGUUGCGGGCUUUUUCAAUCGGAA